UAUUCUUCAAUUAAAUAAACUUCAUUUGUUUCUCUCUCUUUCUCUGUUCUCUUUACCUCUACAACCCAAAGGGCCACUCACUACUCACUCGCUGUGCUGUGGCCUCUGUUUUCAAAGCAAACCCUUGUUCUCGUCCUUCCCCUUCUCUUCCUUUCGCCACUCUCUUUCAACUUUCAACUCAUAAUUCAUUUUCCCUAUUCUUCUUAGCUUCUACUCUCUCUUUCUGCAAUCUGCAAAACUAGCUAUUCAGUUUAGUUAUCAAACCAAGCCAAACCUCAAAUCAAAUAUUUAUAUUUUUAUACUAAUAGGCACCAAAUACACAUUUAUGAUACACCAAUUUGAAGCUUGUCCACACAAGACAAGAAUUUUCAGCCCCUUUCCUUAAACAAACCUAAGAGUCAGACGAAGAAGCGCUUGUCAGUGACCAACCAACCAUGAUGUCUUCUCAUGGCCUCAUCAUCUCUCUCAUUUUUGUGUCCAUUUUAGCCAAUGAGGCCAGCUUGGUCCAUGAGGCAAAUGGGUCAUUUCCAAUGGUGCCCUUGGUGGAGGCUGGGAAGAUGGAAAUGAUGAUGGUGAUGAAUGAGAGCAGAAGGAAACUUGGAAGCUUCCAGAUAUGUGCUUUGUGUACCUGCUGUGGUGGAGCAAAAGGAAUGUGCUUGCCCUCUCCUUGUUGCUAUGCCAUCAAUUGCAACAUUCCUCAUAGACCUUUUGGCUUCUGUUCAUUCACUCCGAAGACCUGUAAUUGCUUUGGAUGCCAUCUUUAAUUCCCCUCUUCCUUGCUCCCCCCUUAUCAUAGUUUUAUAAAAAUAAUUGAAAAAAUUGAAGGUUAUCUUUAGUUAAUUCUGUUGCAAGUGUGAAUGAGAAGUGAAGAAUAUCGGUUCUUGAUUUGAUUGUUUAUUAGUUAUAAUUAAUUAUUUGGGGAUUGUUAUUUCCAGGGAUUUUAUGUUUUGUUUUGAUUUUGAUUUUAUUUUUUCUGCUGCUCUUACUGGGAUUUGUUAGGGGUGCCUGGAGAUAGCACAUUGUCUGAUUGUCAGAGUAGCCAUAUAUGAUAUAAUAUAUGAAGUACAUGAGGAAUCAAGAAAACAUUGUCCCUUUAUGUGCAGAUAUUGGGGUUCAUCAUAAUUUUUCACUUUUUUGAAUGAAUAUAGUAAUGCAAGUGCGCAGUAAGGUUGUCGUUUG